UUCAAAUUAAAUACACACAAAAAGGAAAAGCUGUUUGAUUCAGUGAAAACGAAAUUGUUAAAAUGGCUGUUGCUGAAGAACCCAUUCUCUCUCGUUUGGACCGGCUGGAUGUGAUGUUGAGGCGGCUGGAGGAAAUUAGAGGGUGCGGUAAGUCUCCAAAAAGUUCGUGUGCAUCCACUCCAUCAAGUGGGACCCUAACGAGCGACUAUCACACAUCGUCCGUUGAUCUGUCCCCAAAAAGCCUGGAGAAGCACUGUCGUCCGAUCAACCACGUCGUCAAAGUCGCUGAACUCAAAGGAAGCCUCGUUGAGAGAAUGGAUAAUCUCGAGGAUAGAGUCCUCAAGCUUUGUAUACAAGUAGAGGGAGAUUUAGAAAGGGAGAAGGAUAUGAUAAUGGUCGAGAAGAAGGAGAGGAAACCCAAGAGAAGCUUUAAACAACUUGUUCAACGGUGCAUGACUGGGCAGGGAACAAGACGCGACUCGUGGUCUUGAUCUUGACCAUGUUUGUUUAUUCGUUUUUCUUGUUUGUAGGACUUAAUUUUCUUUUUAGUACGUAAUUUCUUGAGUUGCUAAAGUUAAUUAUGUUUUUGUUCCUCUUAACCACUUGUACAACCUUUUAGGUCUCUUGUUGAAGAUGUUUAUAAAAUUUUGUUGGGCAGUAUAUGUGGCACAUCCAUCAUUUUCUUUUUUUCACUUUUGAGAUGUGGAUGAAGAUGAAAAAGCUGCUUUAAUUUGAGGGAGGACUGGUAUUGUGAGUUUCCUUACAUUGAAUGACUUUUUAAUCAACUGUUGAUAUUUCUUUUU